AUGUUCGAUCCCCGUCAGGGUGCCCAAAUAAUCCCGUCGGAUUUUUCUGGCCUCCAGGAGAAUCAGCUCGACAAUGAACACUUCAACAUGUUCGAUCCCCGUCAGAGUGCCCAAAUCAUCCCGUCGGACUUUUCUGGCCUCCAGGAGAAUCAGCUCGAUAAUGGAUCCCUCAACAUGUUCGAUCCCCGUCAGGGUGCCCAAAUAAUCCCGUCGGACUUUUCUGGCCUCCAGGAGAAUCAGCUCGAUAAUGGAUCCCUCAACAUGUUCGAUCCCCGUCAGGGUGCCCAAAUAAUCCCGUCGGACUUUUCUGGCCUCCAGGAGAAUCAGCUCGAUAAUGGAUCCUUCAACAUGUUCGAUCCCCGUCAGAGUGCCCAAAUCAUCCCGUCGGAUUUUUCUGGCCUCCAGGAGAAUCAGCUCGACAAUGAACACUUCAACAUGUUCGAUCCCCGUCAGGGUGCCCAAAUCAUCCCGUCGGACUUUUCUGGCCUCCAGGAGAAUCAGCUCGAUAAUGGAUCCCUCAACAUGUUCGAUCCCCGUCAGGGUGCCCAAAUAAUCCCGUCGGACUUUUCUGGCCUCCAGGAGAAUCAGCUCGAUAAUGGUACCCUCAACAUGGUCAAUCCCCAACAGGGUGUACACUCCAUACUUCCCUCUGGUUUCUCUGAUAGGGGAAAGCAACUCAAUAACAGUUCUCAUAACAUGUUCGAUAAUCGGCAGAGUAUCCAACCUGUCGUUCCACCAGACAUUCCCAUGGCAGUGUACUAG